CAGACAUGCGCAGUGAGUGAGAAGCAAGGACCAGUGAAGGCAUGAUGGCGUCCUCAGCUGCUCGCUGCUCCUCACGCUGGAUCUCCGCCGCCGUGUCCGCGGGACGCCGGAGGGCCGCCGGGGCUGCUGUCUGCUGCCGCCCUGGAGCCGUCCGGAGCCUCUCUACCCCAGGAGGAGACAAACUGUGCCGUGGAGGGAUCGUGGUGUGCGGCGGAGCGGGGAAAGCGGUGACAUUGAGAGGGCUGUCAGGCCUCAGAUCUCCUCAGGCCGUCUACUCGCUGUCCUUCCACACCAGCGCCGCCUCCAGCAGCAAGCAGGACUUCUACCAGAUCCUCGGGGUUCCUCGCUCCGCCACCCAGAAGGAGAUCAAGAAGGCCUACUACCAGAUGGCUAAGAAGUACCACCCUGACACCAACAAAGACGACCCACAAGCAAAGGAGAAGUUUGCUCAGCUGGCUGAAGCGUAUGAGGUCCUCGGGGAUGUCAAGAGGAAGCAGUACGACACCUACGGCUCGGCCGGCUUCGAUGGCGGUCAGGCCGGAGGAGGACAGCGGUACUGGAGCGGACAGACCAGCAGCGUGGACCCAGAGGAGCUGUUCCGCAAGAUCUUUGGAGAGUUCUCUGGAGGUCGUGGCUUUGGAGACUUCAACGCCAUAUUUGAUCAGCCACAGGAGUACAUCAUGGAGCUGACCUUCACCCAGGCAGCCAAGGGCGUCAACAAAGAGGUCUCCAUCAGCAUGGAGGCAUCCUGCCAGCGCUGCGACGGGAAAGGCCACGAGCCGGGCACCAAGGUGCAGCACUGCCACCACUGCAACGGCUCCGGCAUGGAGACGGUGAACACGGGACCGUUCGUGAUGCGCUCCACGUGUCGGCGCUGCGGCGGUAAAGGAUCCGUGAUCUCCACUCCAUGUAGCUCGUGCCGUGGAACCGGACAGACCAAGCAGAGGAAGAACGUCAUGGUUCCUGUUCCUGCAGGAGUGGAGGAUGGUCAGACGGUCAGAAUGCCCGUUGGAAAGAAGGAGAUCUUCAUCACGUUCAGGGUCCAGAAGAGCUCCGUGUUCAGGAGGGACGGCGCCGACAUCCACUCUGACCUCCAUGUCUCUGUGGGACAGGCCAUCCUGGGCGGGACCGCCAGAGCCCAGGGCCUCUACGAAACCCUCAACCUGUCUAUUCCUGCAGGCAUCCAGACGGACCAGAAGAUCCGUCUGACGGGGAAAGGAAUCGCUCGGGUCAGCGGGUACGGCUUUGGAGAUCACUACGUCCACGUCAAAAUAAAGAUACCAAAGACGCUGACAGACCGACAGAGAUCUCUGCUGAUGAGCUACGCUGAGGACGAGACGGACGUGGAGGGGACGGUGAACGGCGUGACGGCCACCAGCUCAGGUAAAAGAUCAUCCUGGAACUGAGACUGAGUCAGAGGACAAAGAAAGAAAGGAGGAGCAGUGGGUUCUGGAUGGAUCCUGAAGGUUGUGGUUGGAUCCUGAAGGUUCUGGAUGGAUCUUUACAGACUGAUCUGCCGUUCUGUCCACAACCAGAGGAUCUUCCUGCUCCAGCUCCACUGAGACUGAUUUGUGCUGCAGGCAGAGCGCUGAUGGAGAACCACAGAUGAACUCCUUCAAUGACUCCUGGUUCAGUCUCGAGUUUUACUGAAGGUUCAGUCAUCUCCUUAUUAAUCCUCCAGGUCUGUUUCCAUGUUUAACGUUCAGUUUGCAGCCGUUUCUUUACUAAACUGUCUGUGAACUUUCUGUGCUGUUUAAUCCAGAAUCAUGCGUGUCCAUGGACAGGUCAUACGUGAUCCAUGCAUCAUAUAGAAGACAGAUGUUGUACAGCUGUAAUAAAGCUCUGAGAGGAGAAACUGAAA